AUGGCGCAACUUCACCCUAUGUCGUUCUUCACAUUGGCUAUUUUCCAACACCCCUGUGAAGUGAUCAAGUCGGAGUUCAUCGAGCUGGGGAAGAACAAGAUCGAGCAGGAGUGGCGCCGCGACUGGUGCUGGGCCUCCACCAGGGCUGAGGGCUCGGACUCCGACGACUCCUCGCUGGGCGUCGGAGGGGACCUCAGCGACGAUGACGCUCCCUCGGCAGCUAGCGGGGUCGCGCCGAGGGAGGACGAUGAGGAAGACGACGUCCCCCUCGUGAGGCGGUCCGCGGCGGAGCGGGCGAGCAGGCAGGAGGCUAGCCCGCAGCCUCACGGCGACGCGGGGGUUGGUGCCUCCGGCGGCGGCGAUGCGGCUGCAGCUGCCGCGCCGACCACCCCGGCGACUCCGACAGCUCCCCCCGCGCGAAGCGGCCCUCCGGCGAGGAGCAUCCUGGCGGACAGGGUGCUCAAACUCAAACCGGCGGGUUCGUCGAGGAAGAGGGGGCAGACCAGCGCGUCACCGGCAGCCCCAACCAAGAAGCCUCGCCCGGCAUCGGGCGGCGGCGACCAAGAUGCCGCUGACGCAGCGGUUGUGACGACGCCAGCGGCCGCUCGGGACCCAAGGGUCCCCGAUUCGAGCUCGCGAGGCAACGGCCCGGCGGUAGUUGCUGGAGCGGUUGCGGCUGCUCCCGCGCCUACAGAGGUGCAGGUAAUCGACCUCACCGGUGAGGUCGACGACGAUGCUCCGACGGAAGUUGCCUCCGUUGAAGCCCUUCUGCAAUCGGCUACGGCGCCUGCUGGGCCGUGACCACUGCCGUAGGGGGCGCCAUCUGAGGCGGGUGACAUGCAGCAGCCUCCGCCAGCCGGGGCGGGCGGCAGCGCUCUGGAGAAGCCCCCAGCCCGCCCCUUUCGGACGGGCAAGGAGCAGCGGGGCUUGGCCAAGCCGGGGGCGCGCCGCCAAAUCUUGACGCGCCCUCGGGAUCGCAGACGAUCGCGGCGGGGUCCUCCUCCUCUGCCGGGGCCGUCUUCAGUCCGGGAGUAGGGGAACUCGUCGGGCGGACUUGGGGUCGGAUUACCUUCGACCGCAGUGUGUUCGAGCAGGGACACCAAGUGAUCGACAACAUCCAGCAGCAGCAGUGGAUGUUCGUCGAUUUCUUCAACGACGCGCAGCAGCACCACGCCUGCGUAGUGGCGGAGUUGGGCGCAGCACGACGGGAAGCGAAUGAGCAGCGCACCGAGCUGCAGCGGCUCCGAGAGGAGCUCCAGCAUGCACGGCAGGUCGGGGCUACGCCUGCUGUGCAAGGUGUGCUGGAGGCAGUAGUCCUCCAGCAGUUGUGGGAUCUCCAGCAAGACCACCAGCGGGAGCUCGAGCUGGUGAAAGCCGCGCAUGCCAAGAGCGAGGAAGAGCACCAGGCGGCUCUGGACUCGUUCCAGGGGCGUCUCCAGGAGAAGACGGACUUGCUGUCCGGCUACUCCCUGGAGAUCCAGCGUCUCCGCCUUGAGGCCGCCUCGGGAGCACCUCCCGCAUAGUUUCCUUCCUUUUUUAUUUUCCUACAAGUGGCGCAUGGCGCCUUAGAACUUUUUAUGUUAGCUUUCCCUUGUGAUCACCAGUGUUACGCGUUAACUUGUUUUGCUCAAGCUUCAAUAUAUAUCCAAUGCUACUUUUGCU